AUGAAACACCAUAAACGUAAAUGUCGGUAUAACGACAUAUUGCUUGUCGGAUUUGCUGAACUAGCACCCAACCACCCAUCCUCGAAUACUAGUUUUCUCCUCAAAUGUGGGAGGAGCCCAGUCUAUCAGCUUCGCAUAGGCGAGGCACCGCCUCAACUACCUCGACGAGGAUACACGUUUAUGCGAUACGUUUCCUAUGCUUAUGAGCGGAGGGAACCCACAACUAAGCAGACAUCUUUGUUUUGGCUCAGGCCCACAACGGAAGGGGUCUAG